UUUAUUAGAAUUACUUCGAAAACCUAAUUUCCCGACUCUCUCUCUCUCAGCAAUCUGCGACCUUUCUUUCUCCCCCACCACCACCUGCGCCUUCUCCAACGACCACCACCACCACUGCCUCUCGGUUCUCCGACGACCACCACCCCUAGCGCAUCUCGGCUCUCCGACAACCACCACCACCACCAGCGCCUCCCAAUUCUCCGACGACCACCACCACUUGCGCCUCCCGAUUCUCCAACCACCACCAUCGCCACCAGGCCUCCCGGCUCUCCGAAGACCACCAAUAUAUAUUGGUGUCUGUUGUGUGUUUUUGUGUGAGGUUUGGAACUUCCGAUCGCUCCUCCUUGAUUGUUUUUCCGUCGGAAGAUCGACGACUGAGAACUGCUUAAAGUCAUGUUCAAAAAUUUCUGGGGCUCUCAGGAGCAGCAAGGUCAGCCCACAGAAUCAUGGUAUCCGCCUUCUGUUGUGAAUUCACCUAGCUCGUCUCGCCCCACAACGCCUGGUUCCAACAACUUAUCAAGACCGACCGAUCGAGUAAGCUCUUUAUCAAAUGUUUCACCCGCAGAAGCAGCCGGAAUUAUUGCUGUUUUGAAAGAUAAGAGUGUUGAUGAUCUGAGGAAGCUACUGUCGGACAAGGAUGCUUAUCAGAAUCUCUUACUUUCACUCGAACCUGUUAAAACUCAAAACAGGGUCAGAGACGAACUUAGGAACGAAACACUGCAGCUUGCUAGAGAAAAUGUGGACAAAGAACCAUGCAUAAUGGAGCUAAGGAAUCAGUGCAGAAUAAUUCGAACUACAGAGCUGGCAACUGCUCAAGAAAAAUUGCAUGAAUUAGAGAGGAAAAAAGAAGAUACUCUUAAGUAUUACUCACCCUCAUCUCUCCUCGUUCGGCUUCAAGAUGCAAUGAAUAAAACAGAAGAGGAAUCGGAGACGCUUCACAGGCAGCUUCUUGAUGGAGAGAUUGAUCUUCCAGCAUUUGUACAGAAAUACAAGAAGAUGCGUUAUACUUACCAUAAACGCGCUCUUGUACAUCUUGCUGCAAAGACAACUGUAACUGGCUGAACCAUGGUAUGCCGUAAAACUGUAUGUGAUUUUGGAAGUUAUACUGCGUGUGUAAAAUAGUUUGUACUGUGACAAUAUUGUGUUUUCUCUCUCGUUGUUUUCGGUUUCAUCUCGUUUUGUAUUUUGACUUCGAACGGUAUUAUAGUAACAAAGUUCAGGAAAAUUCUUGUUCCAGACAAAUAAUGCUCAGUAAAAUAUUCAACGGAGCUGCGAAUCCGGUGAAAUUAUGUGUUUGGUUUAGUUGGC